AUGGUGGAGAUCAUUUGGGGCGAUGAACCAGGAACAGGUCCAGAGGUUGAUAUUCCUUUAGGAGCUCUCCGUCGCAACAUCCUGAUCGUGUUCGGAACCACCCUCACCGUCAUUGGACUUGUCUCGACCUAUUUGUUUCAACAAAUCUCGAAAAAGGAUAAUAACCUUCGACAACGUGGUCGUUACCUUGUGACACUUCAAGGUUACUUUGGCACAUUUUGGUUUGCGAUCAUUUAUGCAUUCCAAGCAUAUAAAUAUCGUUUCCCAUGUGCAGUCCUUUACUGGGGGAGUUACUUAACCUUGGUACCAUUCGUACUCUUUGUUCUCGGCCGUAGUUGGCGUCUCAUCACGCGAUUUCAUCGUAACAAUGCCAUUUACCACGCACGUUUCAUUGAACCAUCCGAUCUAACAGUAUUGGGAAGAAGGGGUAGUGUGAAUGGACCUGCUGUAUCUAGAGAGCAGCAGCAUAACGGAAACAACAGCAUCAACACUGGCACCAGCAACAGCAAUAGCAACGAAAAACUCUUUGAGUUGUCACAUCACACUCUGGAAGAAAUUGAACAAUCUAAAAAAUGGUAUAAUCGCUAUAGGACCGUGACCGAUCGACAGAUAUUUUACUUUGGUGCCGGAUACAUGGCCAUGACUACUUCGGUUGCCAUCUAUUACCAGUUCCGUUCCCCAAAUAUCUCUAUUAACCCUCUGAGCUAUAACUGCCAUAGUGGAGAUGAGUAUCUGCUACCAUAUAGUACCAUGAUUUCCUUCCUUUUUGUCUUGGGGCCAUUCAUCAUUACACGACUAAAAGAUGUCAAGGACGGUUUCGGUAUUCGAAAGGAACUCAUCUUUACAUCUCUUUUUUCGAUACCAUGUGUUGCCCUCUACUUUGUCAUGCCCGCACUCUUUCCAAACUUCACAAGAAGGGUUUUGGAUAGGACCACUUGGAUGGCCCUCAUCCUGAUAGCCAGUCACCUUACCAGUACAUUAAUCCCCCUAGUCCAACAUUUUCGGACCUAUCCUCAUCAAUGCCAAUACACUGCCAGAGCAUUUCAGAGAAAAGCACAGCGCAAGACAACUCCAGGAACCUUUUCAACUACAGCAACAGAAGCAACAGAAGAUCAGCCAUAUGAUUCUGAAAGUAAGGCUAUUGCAAGGAACAUUGCCGGUGGUGCGCCGGGUUUCAGACCAGAAGUGAUUCCUCUCUAUGCAACAUCACAAUCAACUGGUUUGGAUAAUCAUCAACAACAACGGCCAUUCCCUUCAACAACUGCUGUGCCUAAAUACAGUGAUCUUGUCCAAGGAGCCGUGGAUGAAUCCUUCCUGGAUGAUUCUCAUCGAAAUAACAGUGGAAACAAUGUCAACUCGACGCUCAAGGGCCUGACCCGGAACCAGAAACGGGAACGUUUCGGUCUUGGUCUUAGUCUUCGAAUGAAUAACAGCCAGGGCACCAAAGUCGAAAAUAAAAAGACAGAUUGGGAUGAGUUUAUUCGAACACUUGAAGAUCGUACAUUGUUUAACAGGAUGAGCGCGUUCACUGUUCGAGAGUUUUGUGCCGAAAACACCCGUUUCCUAUACGAGGUAUCACGGUUGGAGAAGAGGGCUUUACAGUAUGAACAUCUACGGGAUUUGACAUCAAGCUCAUCAUCGCACGACUUGUUGCAACAGACUGCCGCCACAGCAUCUUCACCUUCAGUUGCUGAAACGACCACAGACGUGUCAUCGACUUUGCCAGCAUCGGAUAAAAUAACAAAGUCAUCUUCUGUAGGGACCAGAAAUUCGGUUAUAUCACCCCUCCCAACUCACUUUUCAAAUACCGGCAACGGCUCGGCUAGUAGCCAUCAGGGACCACAUCGAAUCAAAAAAAUCGUCUCUGCAUCUUCUGUUUCAUCCACUAUGCCAAUCCUAGUUCGUCGAUCCUCUUCGUCCUAUUUUGAUGAUUCAGAGCCGUCUUCUCCAUCGGGAACGUCCUUUCGACAGCAUGGCUCUAAUAAUUCUUCUACAGCACUGCCAGGACUGGAGGGAGGCGUUGGCGCUCAAACAGAUUAUCUUAAUCACCAUUAUCAUCAGGACAAUACAAUCCAGACAGCAUCGACAACGCCAGCACCAUCAUCAACAGCGGCUUCAACGAUCAUUAACAUGGGACCUUCAUCACCUCAAGAACACGAUAGCGCACCGACCACGACUAAAAGAUCGUUUGCGCCUUUACCGAUGCCACCUACAUUGUUGAUCCACUUCGAGUACGUCUACAAGACGUUCAUUGUUAGUGGUGCGCGUUUGGAGCUUAAUUUGUCUCAUAAGACCCUGCAAGAGAUCCAUCAAAUGGCUCGACGUGGCGAAUGGCGAUCAGGAAUGUUUGAUGGAGCUAUUUAUGAGAUUCAGGAGCUACUCUUCCGAGAUGUCUGGCCCAAAUUCGUCACCUCAUCCCAAGGCUUGAACUACAGUGGAUCGUCACCCGACACUGCCACUCCAGCUAACAGGACUGAUUCUAGCGUGAGUACGAGGGAUAGAGCUCAUUUACAAGAGGCCAUCUUCCCAAGUGGGAGUGGACCAUCCUCGACCCAUGGAUCUAGUCAUGACAAUACAGCGCUGUUUGUUCCAUUUGAUCAGCAACAGCGUCAACAGCAACAACGUCAACAGCAGCGUCAGCAGUCUUCCUCUUCUCUUCAGCGGAAGGCCACCAUCCCCGAGCCCCCCUCCAUCAUGCUGACUUCUCAAAAGUCCCCCCUAUCUAGAGGAGCAUCUUCUUCUGAUACUGGUGCAGGCUCUGCGAACGAGGCGAUUAUACAAAUGAGUGCAGGAAACAGCGGCAGUGUUGGUGGUGGUGGUGGCUACUAUAAUGGCGGCUAUUAUAAUUACAACAAUGGAAGCGGGAGUGCUGUGUCCUUUAAUAUACAAGGAGCACCACACCACUACAACCAUCAGGGCCGCACAGCAGCAUCAGCAUCAGCAUCAGCAGAAGAUACAUUUCCUGAGGGAGUAUCUCGAUCAGGACCAGGACUCAAAUCCUGGUUUACAAAGAAGAGUCGAACAGGGAUGGCAUUGACCUCCAAUAAUACAGAAGAAGAAUCUUUGGGAAUCAUUGAGCAGAGUCGAAAGAGUAUGAUGGAUCGUAGGAGUGGUAAUUCGGAUUUAUACUCGAGUAGUCUUCAGAACGCCUCUGUGCUCAAGUGAACAAGAACAGAUGGCAGAUAGGAUGAUGCGACAAACAAGCUUUUUUACUAUGACAAUUUUAGACUUUUAUCAUUUACAAUUACUACUAUUAUGCAACAACUACAACUACAACUACAACUACAACUACAACUACAACUACAACUACAGCUUCUACAACUAUACAUAUAUUUAGUGCCAGCACUAAGUAACUAAGCAUCAGC